UAUAUAAACCAGGGACUCAUAGCCGCUACACAUCACUUCUUCGUCCUCUCUCCAUCAAUACGCAUCUACUAUAAUGGUUUUCCUGAAGGUUAUUGCUGCGUUGGCGUGUGUGGGCGUGGUGUGGGGGCGCGCUGACCAACUCCUAGCACCUGGCUACGCUUACCCAGCACCACCCUCCCCGCACUACCAUCACCCUGCCCCAGCCUACCCCACCCAUGAGAACAAGGGGAUGCCAUACGACUUCGCUUAUGGAGUGAAGGACGACUACACCGGCAACAACUACGGCCACAACGAGAACUCUGACGGAAACACCGUGACCGGCGAGUACAGCGUCCUGCUGCCCGACGGUCGCACCCAGAUCGUCACCUACACCGCUGACCACCACACAGGCUACGUCGCCAAGGUAAGCUUCGAGGGAGAGGCCACCUACCCAGCGCUCGCACCCUACCCUCUCUACGGUGCUCCCUAGGCUAAAUGCUCACACGACUGCCACCACGCCCACUGGAAGAUGGUCCUGCCCACACCAACACGCCUACACCCAGCGCCACCUUCUCAGAAUGCUCAGACCACUCACAAACUCACCAACAUCUGCCCAGGACGCACACACUAACACCACUACCACGCCCACCAACUCCAGACUAGACCGCCUACACAUUAGCACCACCCAUACCGCCACCAAACAUUAUAAGCGCCCUACUUCAAUAUUCAGCCGGAAAUUUGCUCUCUCCCUUUUAGUUCAUACUUCUAAA